CGAACGAACAAGUUCGGGCAUUUCAAACUUGAAAGUUAUACUUUUAUCAUGGCUCCAUUCCGUGCUAUUAAUAUCGGAGCUGGGCCAGUUGGUCUAGCUUUGGCGAACAUAUUCAAUGCUGCUGGCCUUGACUUUGUUAUUCUAGAACGAUAUCAUGAUAUAAUGAAGGAUUCUGGAGCUGGAAUUAUGCUCUGGCCUCAUACCACCCGCGUUUUCGACCAGCUUGGUCUCACAGAGCUAUGCGAUAGAAAUCGCAUACUAUUGAAGUCGAAGAUCUGUCUUGAUCAUCUUGGUAGGCAAGUCUCCAACGACCCUGCCUUUGACUGGAUCGAAGAAAACCACGGAUAUCCCGUUAUGGAAUUUUCUCGGUCAUCCUUGACUAAGAUACUCCUCGAGGGUAUCGAGGAGCAUAAGGCGAGGAUCAAAACAUCUAUAUCCAUUCGGGACAUCAAUAUGGAUGAAAAGGAGGUACGAGUUUACCUACAGGAUGGUACCGUUGAGACUGGGACAAUAGCAAUUGGAUGUGAUGGUGUUCAUAGCCAAACCCGGGAUAUUAUGCAGCGACUGGCGGUAGCAGAUGGAAUCAGGAUUGAAAGCAACCCAACAUCAAUCCUAUAUAAAUGCAUCUACGGGACAGCAAAAUCUGUCCCUGCCGUGCUGAAUGGUGUAUUCUGGGAGUCUCAUUCUUCUAGACUCGCUACUCAAUUCGCAUCUUCCCCAGAACAUGCCUAUUUCACCGUAUUCGAACGCUUACAUCAGCCUGUAGAUGAGCCUCACGUUUUUACGGGCGAAGACGCUGACAAUUACAUGGAGGAAAUAGGUGAAUCAUUCCUCACAGACAGGCUCAAGGUUAAAGAUAUCAAGCCCUACUGUACCUGGAAAAGACUCGCCUAUCAGCCACAAGGGCUGUUCCCAAAUUGGUAUCACGGACGUAUCGUUCUGUGCGGAGAUUCUGUGAUUCAGAUGACAUCCAGCAUUGGGUUGAACUUCAACGCAGCUUUCCAGACGGCUGUUGUCCUUGCGAAUAAGCUGUACAUAGCAUCACAGGGGAGCGAGGGUGUUGACACCUUGGAAGCAAUCACGAGGAUAUUCAUGGAAUAUGAAGAUGUAUGUAAGAAGGAGAUGCGACCGGUCAGCGAACUUGCCGUGCAUCAUGCUCGAGCAAUUACCUGGGGCUCAUGGGUUGAGUGGAUCCUGAUAGAGUAUAUCAUACCGUGGAUAUGGGGCGAAAAGGGGAUGAUGAGGAAAAUAGGCGAGGGAAUAAUUUCAAAGGGGCGCAAGCUAGUGUUCGUCCACCACGAGGACAAGGCCGGGAAAAUCCCAUGGGGAAACCACUAGACGGUGUUCGAAGGUCUCCUAGGAUAGGUACUCCGAGGUUAGCAGUCUGCCGUCAUGAAGCGUUUGGUGUUGGAUAUGCAAAGAUAUUUUGGAGUAUUAUCUUCAAGUACCUUAGGUAGAGAGUCAUGCAAAAGAUUGUCCUUUCCAUCCG